CCUGUUUCGUGUUUCGUGUCGGCUCUGCAGGCCGUGUAGAUAAAAGACGAGAACGAGGAUCAGGAUGGGCAGCCGGGACGAGGAGGCGAGCAGUCUGGGGAGGGACACAGCCAGGCGAAAAGGACGGUUUUCUUUCUUGAAAGAAGACAGGUGUCGAGGUCGGGACUGGUAAGGGCAACCUGGAAGCGUAUAGAACCUGUAAAGAGCCAGAGAGAAACAGAAAAUACUGCUGGAGGACACGAGAGCACAGAGCAUGGCAGACGAAUACACAGACAAACAGCGAGAUGUGUCCAUGAUGGAUGUGACGGACCAGACGGAACAGUUUAUUGAGCACUCGGAGCAGCACUCCGACAUGGAACAGGGUCAUGACGAACAGACACCAGGAAUCAACGGUCCUAACAGUGGUCUCACUGGCGGAAGGGGGCUCCCGGACACGGGGUUGCGAAGAAAGUCUUCGAUUAUUUUGUCGGAAGACAUGGGGACGAACAAGUUGCUGCCCGGAAGCAAGAGUGAGGACGUGGUGAUGGACGAACAGUCAGAUAUUGGGCAGAAUCCGACGACACUUGCACAGCAGCCGCAGCCCGUGCUGGUUCCGACGGUGUUCAAGUGGACGGAGGGCGGCGAGAGAGUGUUUGUGAUGGGUACGUUCACUGGGUGGCGGAAGAUGAUUGCGUUGAACGGGCCCGACCCGAAGGACGGGUCAUUUCACGUGCAGAUUGCCUUGCCACCGGGGACGCACCGGUUCAAGUUUGUGGUGGACAACGAAGUUAAGUGCUCGGGUUUCAUCCCAACGGCGACGGACCACUCAGGCCACCUCGUGAACUACCUCGAAAUCUUUCCCACCGAGCACGACCUGACCCGGGACCCGAACAGCAAGUCUCGGGCAUCCCUCCGGGCACUGGACUCGAAGCUCGGCCUCACGAAAGACGACGACGACAUGGGUGACGGCUAUUCUCGUUACUACGACGACCAGGAGGCAAACGCCAACGCUCCGGCGGAGUACAUAACGUCUAUUCCAUCGAUAUUCACCGACCCGAAGGUCAUGGAGGAGUACUAUGUCACCUUGGACAACAACGAGAAGAAGGGAAGCUACACGCAGCAGUGGUUGAUUCCGCCUCAGCUCCCGCCCCACCUUGAGAACGUCAUCCUCAACAGCUACAACAGCAACGACAAGGCCAACACCAGUGGUGCUCUUAACAUUCCAAACCACGUUGUCCUCAACCAUCUUGCAACUACCUCCAUUAAGCACAAUACUUUGGCUGUCGCCAGCGUCGUCCGCUACAAGCGCAAGUACGUAACCCAGAUCUUGUAUGCUCCACUCCAGUGACAGGGCCUGGGUCCUAUAUCUAUAUAGUCCUCUUUCGUUCUUUCUUUUCUGUAUCAACCAAUCCAAGACUCUGAUG